GCGAUCACGUCCAAAGAUCGACGCCAUUUCAGACGAGUCGAGAUCAACGAUAUCUUCAUAUGUUGCGGUUGUGGGUUCGAGUCUCGGGCCGGCAAUAAAACGACUGAGGGGCUCUUGAGCAAGGCACCAAACCCUCAACUGCUCCCUGGGCACCACACUGAUCCAGGCCUGAAGUCAAGUUUCUUAUCUAGGAAAAAGAGAAGCAGAAGAACAGCAUGCAAAAUGAGUAUGAGGAGAGAAAACAAUGAGACUGCUGUUGAAACUCCAGGGUCUCCAGGAUUCAGCUGUGUGUCUAUGAAGAGUAACAACUCCAUGUUUCUGCCCCCUGAUCUCAGUGAUGUUCACCAUCAGAGAGUAUCAUCUCCAGGAUUCAGCUGUGUGUCUAUGAAGAGUAACAACUCCAUGUUUCUGCCCCCUGAUCUCAGUGAUGUUCACGCUCAGAGAGCAUCAUCUUCAGGAUUCAGCUGUGUGUCUAUGAAGAGUAACAACUCCAUGUUUCUGCCCCCUGAUCUCAGUGACGGUGACACUCAGAGGGCAGCAUCUACAGUAUCCAUCUUUGACCCUGUCAUCAUCAGGAGGAAGAGAAAGAGAGCAGCUUCUCCACUGCAGCCCCCUGAUCUCAGUGAUGGAUCAGUGCCCUUUGAUCCUGUUAGUGGGAGUACUAACCAGAUCAGAUAUGCAUCCUGUCAGACCUUCACAUUUUCUAACUAUCAGAACCACAUUAAUCAUUAUGAUACAGAAGUAUCCUUGCAGCGUGAUUCUCACCCACCAGUGUAUGAAGAUCUUCAGAGAGUCAAAGACCAGCACAAAACCAGCAUGAAGAACAAGUAUGAGAGCUUAUUUGAGGGAGUCAAACUACAAGAGAAUCAAACCCUCCUGAACAGUAUUUACACACAGCUGUACAUCAUAGAGGGAGAGAGUGAAGGAGUGAAUGAAGAACAUGAAGUGCUACAGAUGGAGAAAAGUUACAGGACACUCCAAGACACUCCAAUCAACUGCAAUGACAUCUUUAAUCCUUUACCUGAACCAGGAGAUGAGGAGAAGAGAAGAAAGAAAGACACAAUAAAGACUGUUCUUACUAAAGGCAUCGCUGGAAUUGGAAAAACCGUCUCUGUGCAGAAGUUCAUUCUGGACUGGGCCGAGGGAAAAGCCAAUCAGGAUGUAGAUUUCAUGUUUGUGCUUACAUUUAGAGAAAUGAACUUGAUUAAAGAUCAUCAGUACAGUCUUCACAGACUUCUGCUUGACUUUCAUCCUGAACUUCAGUAUCUGGACUCAAAGAUUUAUGAUGAAUGUAAAGUUGUGUUCAUCUUUGAUGGUCUGGAUGAAAGCAGAAUUUCACUGAUGUUUUCAGACAGUCAGAAAGUUUCUGAUGUGACUGAGAUUUCAUCAGUGGGUCUGUUGAUGUCAAACCUCCUGAGAGGAGAUCUGCUUCCCUCUGCUCUCAUCUGGAUCACCACCAGACCAGCAGCAGCCAAUCAGAUCCCCUCCAACUACAUCAACCGUGUGACAGAGAUUCAGGGAUUCAAUGACCCUCAGAAGGAGGAAUAUUUCAGGAAGAGAAUCAGUGACGAGCAUCAAGCCAGCAGAAUCAUCUCACACAUCAGAAGAGCAAGAAGCCUCCACAUCAUGUGUCACAUACCCGUCUUCUGCUGGAUCUCAUCCACUGUGCUUCAAAACAUCCUGAGACAAGAUCUCAGUGCAGAAAUCCCUAAAACUCUGACUGAAAUGUACAUCUACUUCCUGCUCAUUCAAACAAAGAUGAGGAACCAGAAGUAUGAAGAGAGCGAUUCAGAGAAACUCCUGCAGUCCAACAGAGAUGUGAUUGUGAAACUUGCUGAACUGGCUUUCAAUCAGCUGAUGAAGGGCAAUGUGAUGUUUUAUGAGGAGGACCUGAGAGAGAGCGGUAUAGACGUCACUGAUGCCUCAGUGUAUUCUGGGAUCUGCACUGAGAUCUUUAGAGAGGAGUCUGUGAUUUAUCAGAGGAAGGUUUAUAGUUUUGUACAUCUGAGCUUUCAGGAGUUUUUUGCAGCACUGUAUGUGUUUCUCUGCUAUUUACACAAUAACAGUGAGAUUCUGGAAAUGUUCCUGAUGGGAAAGAACAGAACUCAGUGUGAGAAAGUUUCUCUGGAUGUGUUUCUGAAGGAAGCAAUGAAUAAAGCCUUGGAGAGUAAAAAUGGACACCUGGAUCUCUUCCUUCGAUUUCUUCAUGGGAUCUCACUGGAGUCCAAUCAGAGACUCUUACAGGAAGUACUGAUAAACACAGAGAACAACCCAGAGAACAUCAAGAAAAUAACCCAAAACCUCAAACGAGGUCAGAAAAACAAUAUCAGUCCUGAAAGAUGGAUGAAUCUGACACACUGCUUGAUUGAGAUGAAGGAUAACUCUGUAGUUGAAGAAGUGCAGUUGCUUUUAAAAUCUAAAGCAAAAAGUAAAAGUCUUACUCUUGCACAAUGUUCAACUUUGGCAAACAUGAUCCUGAUGUCAGAGGAGGUGCUGGAUGAGUUUGAUAUUAAACAGUACAAUAUCAAAUCAAAAGAGGGUCGAUGGAGACUGCUACCUGCUGUGAGAAACUGCAGAAAAGCUGUAUUAACAGACUGCAAUCUCACUGAUCAACAUUGUGAAAUUGUGGGUUCAGCUCUACAAUCAUCAAACUCCUCACUGAGAGAGCUGGACCUGAGUAACAAUCACCUGCAGGAUUCAGCAGUAAAACUGCUCUCCGAUGGACUGAAGAGUCCAAACUGUCAACUCAACGUACUGAGAUUAACAGACUGCAAUCUCACUGAUCAACAUUGUGAAAUUGUGGCUUCAGCUCUACAAUCAUCAAACUCCCCCCUGAGAGAGCUGGACCUGAGUAACAAUCACCUGCAGGAUUCAGCAGUGAAACUGCUCUCCGAUGGACUGAAGAGUCCAAACUGUCAACUCAGCAUACUGAGAUUAUCUCGUUGUUUGGUGACAGAAGAAGGUUGUGCUGCUCUGUCAUCAGCUCUGAGGUCAAACCCCUCACACCUAAAAGAGCUGGAUCUGAGCCACAAUCACCCAGGAGAAUCAGCAGUGAAGCUAAUCAACCAACUGGAAAAAAUCAAAUUGGUCAGCUGUAAUCUCACUGGUCAGCACUGUGAAUUUGUGGCUUCAGCUCUACAGUCAUCAAACUCCCUGAGAGAGCUGGACCUGAGUAACAAUGAUCUUCAGGAUACAGGAAUAAAGCUGCUGUGUGCUGGACUGAGGAGUCCAAACUGUCAACUCAACAAACUGAGAUUAUCUGGCUGUAUGGUGACAGCAGAAGGUUGUGCUGCUCUGGCAUCAGCUCUGAGUUCAAACCCCUCACACCUGAGAGAGCUGGAUCUAAGCUACAAUCACCCAGGAGAUUCAGGAGUUAAACUCUCUGAAACACUCAAACAUCUGGACAAACUCAAUGUGGAUCACGGAGGAGAGAUCAGGAUCACAGCAGGACUUCAGAAAUACGCCUGUGAUCUCACACUGGAUCCAAACACAGCACACACUCGACUCGUUCUGUCUGAGGAGAACAGAAAGGUGACGCGUGUCUCUGAGGAUCAGUCGUAUCCUGAUCAUCCCGACAGAUUUAAUCAUCAUCAUCAGGUUCUGUGUUCAGAGAGACUGACUGGACGCUGUUACUGGGAAACUGAAUGGAGCGGAGAUAGAGUUGAAAUAGCAGUGUGUUAUAAAGAAAUCAAGAGGAAAGGAGAGAGUUAUGACCGUGUGUUUGGACAUAAUGAUAUCUCCUGGAGUCUGAGCUGCUCUGAUCACAGAUUCUUUGCUCGUCACAAUGAUAACUACACUCAUAUCUCUGUUGCUCCAGACUCCUGUAAGAGAGUCGCAGUGUUUCUGGACGAGUCGAGCGGCUCUCUGUCCUUCUACAGCGUCUCUGACACACACACACUCACACACUUACACACAUUCACACACACAUUCACUCAACCUCUACUCGCUGGAUUUUACCUUAAUCCAAACUCUUCAGUGUCUCUGUGUCUCAUUAAACACUAAACACACACACACACACACACUUACACACACACACACACUCACACACACACACACUCACUCACACACACACACAUUCACUCAGCCUCUACUCGCUGGAUUUACACUUGGUUAUUGUAACAACUCUUCUGUGUCUCAUUAAACAUUAAACACACACUCUCACUUACACACAUUCACACACACACGCACACACACACACACACACACUAGUACACACAGGUUGAGUGUGUAAUGAUGUGAAAGUGUGUGUUUAAAUCUGAACUCCUGUGAAUCUCAUCUUCAGGAAGUUGAACAUCAGUUUCCUGUUUCUGAUCAUCAUGAAGAUGUUUCUGUCACACACACAAACAGACAAAUACACAAGUGUGUGUGUGGAAUCAGCUCAUAUUUACACUGCUCUUUAAUAUUUCUCUGACUCUAUUUUCACGAGUUCACGUCAUUGUAGUGUAGAGUUCAGAAUAAAAUUACUUCUUCAUCAUCAUUAUUAAUAUUAUUAUAAUUAUCAUGUGUCUGAAACCAACAUUCAAAGAACUGCUGGAGAAAAAGUGUUUAUGCAGCUGUACAUUAAAAACAUUAAUGUGAAGAA